CAGCAAGCACAUGUGCUGUCGUAGGGCCGAAUCUCUGGAGAUGGCCCCCCUGGAGAGCUUGUCCUCUAUCCCCACACUGCAGUGUCUGGGCAAUGCUGGUGGAUGGCAGAGCUGGGCUGGAUGGAAACCAAAACCUGCUUUCCCUCCUUCCCUAGGUCAGGCAUUGUGGGAAAACUUGGUCUCUUCUGUGCCGUGCUACUAACAAUUAAUUAGUAACAGCUAGUCAUAGCAAUUACUGCUUGUGUUCCAGAGGGUUUGGACCCGUAUCCCAAGGACGAGGUGAUAUUCAUGUUCCCAGGGGUGCUGGGCAACAUGUCCUGAACACCCAGCACCGAGGGGUGCCUGCAAGGCUUGCCGGGGCCCAUGGGACCCUGCUCCCCUCCAUCCUGCCUCUCACACCAGAGAGCAUCAGGCUUUUCCUGCACUGCCCCCUCCCCGGUGGAGCAGGGAGCAGCUGAGCCUGCUGAAGGCUGGGCAGAGAGGAGUUAACUCCAAACCCAACCUCAGGGAGAAGGAAAAAAACACUCAACAGAGAUCAAUGGACCAGCAGCAAGAGCAGAGGGGGGGAAAGGGGGGAGACAGAGAGAGGGAAGGAGCUCCAGCAGGAGAGACACGCGUGCGGGAGCCGGGAGAAGAGAGAGCAGAGCCGGCGGUGGGCAGGGGGAAGCAGCGCAGCAGCAGGCAGGGAGACGGCGCUGCCGGGGCAAACUCUGCAUCGGCCCCGCCGCCGCUGCCUGGGCUGGACAGGAGCUUCCCCCAGCGAGCUGCGAAGCUGCAGGCCCUUCCUCUCAGAGGUGGCUCCAGGGUCUCCCUCCCCGACUCCAUCCUCUCCUAGCUGCCACCAUCCAACCUGAGACCACCCCUCAGUAUCAGGAAAAGGCACCCUUAUCUGCCUCUCCUCUGUGGAGCACAGCUACUGCACAGGGAACAAGGAGCAGCCAGCUCCAGGGUGGAGGUGGUCCCAGCUUAAGGAGCUUCUUUGGGGUUGGGAUUGGGAUGGGGUGCUGCUGCUGCAGGGUGUCAUACAGGCAUCAGGUCCCUGCUGCUGGAGGUGGCACAGCCCUGGGGUGAGUCUACCAAGACCAUUCACUGCCCACAGCAGCCUCCUUCCCCAUGGCAUGUGGAACAGCAGCAGGGAUUCAGAUUUGUCAAAGCAAACAAUCCCAAAAGGUUUAGCAGCUUUGGGAUUACAGACAAAUGUAGCGGAGGCCAGGCAGCAGGGCAGGGGGUCCUUCAGGAGGCUGGGAGCAAGGAGAUGCUGUGAUGAUGUCUGGGCAGGAGAAAGGGACUUCAGCUCCGCUCAAGCCAGGCAGAUAUGGGCUGACUGAUCCCAACAGCAUCCUACCGGAGACAUCACGAGGAUCCUGAUGUCAUAAUUUAACCAGCUGAUUGGGAUUGGUAUCUCUGGGAGAAAUGUGGACUUCAAACAAAGGCUGGGAUCAGGCUCCUUAGGGCCAUAGCUCUGGUGGCCACUGUGGUCAGCAGCGACCAGCACCUACAUGCUUAUGGCCGUGUAUAGGUGCUGUGUCUCCCUUUCUCCUUGCACAGGUCAGAUGGGCAGAUGCCAGAGGGAUGGAACGCCUCUUCCAACAGUCCAGAGCUGCGAGCAGCCGGGAUUAUUGUGCCCGUCAUCUUCUCCUUCAUCUUCCUCCUGGGUACCGUGGGGAACGGGCUGGUGCUGGCCGUGCUGCUGCGGAACGGCCAAGUCAUUAACACCACCAACCUCUUCAUUCUUAACCUGGCCAUGGCUGACCUGUGCUUCAUCAUCUGCUGCGUGCCCUUCCAGGCCACGAUUUACACCCUGGACGGGUGGCUUUUUGGGGCCUUUGCCUGCAAGGCUGUGCAUUUCCUGAUCUACCUCACCAUGUACGCCAGCAGCUUCACCCUGGCUGCUGUCUCCAUUGACAGGUACCUGGCCAUUCGCUAUCCACUGAAGUCCCGGGAUCUCCGCACCUCCCGAAAUGCAGGAGUGGCCAUUGUAGCAAUCUGGUCACUGUCGCUGUUCUUUGCGGGGCCUUACCUCAGUUACUACCAGAUUGUCCACUACCACGGGGUGCCCAUCUGUGUCCCCAUCUGGGAGGACCAGCGCCGGAAGAUUCUGGACGUCCUCACGUUUGUCUUCGGAUACCUUCUGCCCGUGACCAUUGUGAGCCUGGCGUACGCCAGAACCAUCAAGUUCCUGUGGACCUCCGUAGAUCCCAUAGAAAGGAUCUCAGAUUCCCGGAAGGCCAAGCGUAAGGUCACCAAGAUGAUUGUGGCUGUGGCCAUCCUGUUCUGCCUCUGCUGGCUGCCCCACCACCUGGUCAUCCUGUGCUUCUGGUUUGGCCACUUCCCCUUCAACCGAGCCACUUAUGUUUGCCGCCUGGCUUCCCACUGCCUUUCCUAUGCCAACUCCUGCCUCAACCCCAUCGUCUAUGCCCUCAUCUCCAAGCAUUUCCGCAAGCGUUUCAAGCAGGUCUUCACCUGCCUCUUCCUCCAGAACAAGACCAGGAAGAAGAAGAAGAGAUUUGGAAAGAAAGUCCAUGUGGUCAACGUGGGCAAAGGUUUCACCAACAGCACCAGAGGUUUCUAUGGAGGCAACAACGAAGUGGCCCAGGUCCCAGAGGAGAACACCAGGAAGAGGGACCCUGAAGGCGCCGGUCAUGCCAGAGCAUGGACUCACCAGCUACAAGAUAGUAUGUUCUCUGCUCAGAAAGAGCUACUGGAGGAGGAAAGCUUGGCAACAGCUGCCCAUCCCCUAGCUGUGACCCCCAAGAGGAGCUCAGGAGUUUCUGAUUGCUCACUACAGAUGAGCAAAGUGAAGAAACCCGUUUUCCAACCAGUUCCUGAGGGACUGCUGCCUCCGCUUUGAUCUUUGCUUGCUACUCGGAGCUUCAUCCCUUCCUUCUGGGGCUGAAGGACCUGUUGCUCUCUGAGCAGUGAGGUUAUUCAGUGAUGUUAGCCCUAUGUGUGUGGCCAGACAACUUUUUUCCAUGUGAUGAUGACGACUGUGAGAGAAACAAUGGCUGUCACCAAAGCAGAAGGUAGUGCCCAGGCUGCAAAGAGAGCCUGGGAGCCAGGGGACAGUAGCGGUGAGGCAAAGGAGAAAGAAACAGGCCUGUAACACCCAUGCGCACUUAGUUCUUGUCUCCUUAGUGCCCCUUUCUAUCUGAAGGUGCUGGAAUUUCUCCCCUGCUUGACCUUAAUAAACCCUGGUAAUUUCCUUCUCCUGCCACA